AUGUCAAGUUUGCCGGAGGACCAACUGAACCAGCUCCGGGAAAUAUUUACAAGAUUCGACCUGGACAAAGACGGGUCCCUCACCCACCUCGAGGUGGCGGCCCUCCUCCGCUCUCUUGGCCUGAAACCAACCGGAGAGCAGAUCCAUAAGCUGUUCAAGAACAUGGAUUCCGAUGGGAGCGGGACUGUCGAGUUUAAUGAAUUGGUUAACGCCAUGUCAUCGCAGAUGAUGAGCGAAGAUAUUUUGAUCAAUCAACAUGAGCUUAUGCAGAUCUUUCAAUCGUUUGAUAGGGAUGGGAGUGGGUUCAUUACGCCGGCUGAGCUGGCUAAAUCCAUGACGAAGAUGGGUCAGCCAUUGACGUAUCGUGAGCUCUCUGAAAUGGUUCGAAACGCCGAUACUGAUGGCGAUGGUGUGAUUAGUUUCAAGGAAUUCCAAGGAAUAAUGGCUAGAUCUGCAGCCGAUUCACUUGGGUUCACGUUGUAA